CAAUAUGGCGGGGUUAACUGGACCUCUAACCGACCUACUGCAGAAGGGGACUUUUUACGAGUGGGGGGAGAAGCAGCAAGUUGCGUUCGGGGCAUUAAAAAAUCUUUUAAUAUCGCCACCGGUACUUCGCAUCGCUGACCCGGAACGGCCCUUCGAAGUCAUCACCGACGCAAGUGACAUCGCCAUCGGAGCAGUGCUCAUGCAGGAUUUCGGCAACGGGCUUCAACCAAUUGCGUACGAGUCUCGGAAGAUGCAAACUGCUGAGCGCAACUACCCGGUACACGACAAGGAGAUGCUGGCGAUCGUCCACGCGUUCAAAAUCUGGAGGUGCUACCUGACUGGAGCAGACGUGAUGGUGCGAACUGAUCACAAAUCAUUACACAACAUUCCUAAGGCAAUAUCGUAUUUUCGUGCUGUGUUACCGUCAUUUCACACCAUUUUUCUCUCUGGAUCCCCACUUGUCCUCGACUCCAUUUUCCUCGCUCCUCGUGAUAUCCACCACUUCGCAUCAGCCAUGGCCAACCCCAGGGUGUUCUUCGAUAUUACCAUCGGCGGCUCUAAAGCUGGCCGCAUCGUGAUGGAGCUCUAUGCUGACACCACACCAAAGACUGCUGAGAAUUUCCGCUGCCUCUGCACUGGCGAGAAGGGUAUCGGGAAAUCCGGUAAGCCCCUCAGCUUCAAGGGGUCGUCUUUCCACCGUGUGAUUCCUGACUUCAUGUGCCAGGGUGGCGACUUCACUCGCGGCAACGGUACUGGUGGUGAGAGCAUUUACGGAGCCAAGUUCGCCGAUGAGAACUUCAUCAAGAAGCACACUGGCCCUGGUGUGCUCUCCAUGGCUAAUGCCGGGCCCAACACUAACGGAUCUCAGUUCUUCCUGUGCACUGCGAAGACGGCAUGGCUGGACGGCAAGCAUGUGGUGUUCGGGCAGGUCGUGGAGGGCAUGGAUGUAGUGAAGAAGGUCGAGGGCGUUGGGUCCCAGUCGGGUGCCACCAAGCAACCUGUGGUAAUUGUUGACUGUGGACAGCUCUAGAAGCUCUCCCUUUCUUAAUAUGGUGGAUAUGAUGAACUGUCAAGUUGAUCUGACGUGUGCUUGUAAAAUUGUUUUGAAAGAUUUAAGUGCAUUGUUUUGGAAAUGUGUGCAAAUGCAUCUGGGAAGUGCACAUUGAGCCUCUCA